CCGGAGGGCGCGGAGCUGAGCAGCUGCCGAAAUGGACUCGGAGAGCCUCCUGCUGUCCCUGGAGCUGGCGUCCGGCAGUGGGCAGGGCCUCAGCCCGGAUCGUCGGGCCUCGCUGCUCACUUCCCUUUUGCUAGUUAAGCGCGACUACCGUUACAGUCGGGUGCUCUUCUGGGGCCGCAUCCUCGGCCUGGUCUCCGAUUACUAUAUCGCGCAGGGCCUGAGUGAGGACCACCUUGCACCGCGCAAGACACUGUACAGCCUGAACUGCAUGGAGUGGAGCCUCUUGCCUCCUGCCACGGAGGAGAUGAUGGUGCAGACGUCUGUGGUGAAGGGCCGCUUCAUGGGGGACCCCUCACACGAGUAUGAACACACCGAGCUGCAGAAGGUGAACGAGGGUGAUAAGGUCUUCGAAGAAGAAGUAGUGGUCCGGAUCAAGGAGGAGACCCGCUUGGUGUCCAUCAUUGACCAGAUCGACAGGGCUGUGGCUAUUCUCCCCCGGGGUGCCCUCUUUAAGACUCCUUUUGGACCCACCCACGUCAAUCGGACCUUUGAAGGACUGACCUUGUCUGAAGCCAAGAAGCUCAGUUCCUACUUCCACUUCAGGGAGCCUGUCGAGCUGAAGAACAAGACUUUGCUUGAGAAGGCUGACCUGGACCCCUCCCUGGACUUCAUGGACUCCUUAGAGCAUGACAUCCCCAAAGGGUCCUGGAGCAUCCAGAUGGAGAGAGGCAACGCCCUGGUGGUGCUGCGCAGCCUGCUCUGGCCAGGCCUCACCUUCUACCACGCUCCCUACACCAAGAACUGUGGCUACAUCUACGUGGGCACUGGCUCUGAGCGGCCCGAUGAGCAGGAGACCCAGCUCUAAAACAAGUGGCCGAGGAUCGGAAUGUGCUAACGAGAGAAUGGCGGGUGGAAAUGACUGUGGGCGGUGACGGCCAGAAGCCCUUUGAGGAAGGCGGCUCUUGGAUUCGUGUUUGAGUUGUACAUGGGCCAGGCAAGCCAACUCGCCUCCUUGCAGCCCCCAGGCCCACGACUAACUAACAGCUGUCAAAAUAGAGGAUGGGAACCUGUUUGGCCCAUGAACUCCCUUCG